CUCGGAGGAGCGGCUGUCCGCCCGGCUGAGUGGCCGCUCGGCGCCGCGCUCAGAGCCCAGUGGCCAGCUACUCCCGCGGCGGCGGCUGUUAAGCACACCUGCCGCCAACGGUACUAGCUACUCCUGGCGGCGGCAGCGGGAGGCAGGGAGGAAAGGGAUAAACUUUAAACUUGGCCGGGGCGGGUAGGGAGCUGCAUGGAUGCCGCCGUCCCUCGGUGCUGACUCGCAGCCCACGGCACGCUGUAGGGCGGCCGCUGCCAGAGGAGCGCGGGGUGCCCCCGCGCCGCUUCCUCCGCCGCCGGCCAUGGCGCGUGUGGGGCGCGGGGCUCAGCUCGGCCCCUGAGAGCGACGUCUCGCCCUCUCCGCCCUCCGGUCUGCUGCCGCCGUCUUCCCCGCGCCCCCGCCCGCCUCCACCUGCUUCUGCUUCGCUGCUACCGACCUAAGGCGUUGGGCAUCGGCUUCUCUCCGCGCUGCAGCCUGCCCGACAUGGAGCCGUCAGCGGGAAGCUGCCGAGAGUGAUCCCCGCUUUCCGACCGACCUGCUGGCCGCCCCCUCGGCGCCCGCGCUUGCUCCGAUGGAGCUGGACGAGACACCGCUCGCCCCCCCGAAGACCAUGCUGCUUAUGCUGAGGAAAGUUCGCAAGAGGCGGGAGAUGUUGCUGCAGCAGCUGGGCUUCAUCUGCGCCAUCCUCUUCUUCGUCUGGUGCAUGUCCAGCCUGCUGUCCAGACUGGGCCGAGAAUCAACUAUUGCAGACAAACGUGUUUUGUCAGAAAUAUGGAGGAAUAGAAGGUUGAUGGCAUCACCUAAUGGGACACAUGAAGAAAAGAACUGUACAGAGCCAGCCAUUAAUGAAUUUCCUGAAGAUGUAUUUACAAAUAAAGAACGGCAGCAAGGAGGAGUUCUGCUUCAUAUCAUUGCUGCUCUUUAUAUGUUCUAUGCUUUGGCUAUAGUAUGCGAUGACUUCUUUGUUCCAUCUUUAGAGAAAAUUUGUGAGAAAUUACAUUUGAGUGAAGAUGUUGCUGGAGCCACAUUCAUGGCAGCAGGGAGCUCCACUCCAGAACUGUUUGCAUCUGUUAUAGGUGUAUUUAUCACUCAUGGAGAUGUAGGAGUAGGGACCAUUGUUGGUUCAGCAGUUUUCAACAUCCUGUGCAUUGUUGGUGUCUGUGGAAUGUUUGCAGGACAGGUGGUUUGUCUCACCCAGUGGGCUGUGUUCCGGGACUCUGUGUACUACACGAUAUCUGUGAUCAUACUUAUUGUUUUCAUAUAUGAUGAGAAAAUAGAAUGGUGGGAAAGCCUUGUACUCAUUAUUAUGUAUUCAUUCUACAUACUUAUCAUGAAGUACAAUGUGAGGAUGCAAAAUUUCUUCACCCUUAAAAGCAAGAAUGUUGGAAAUGGUGACAGAGUCAACAAUGAGCUGGAAGAUGGUAAUAAAUGUUAUGCCUCUAGUUGUGAUGACCCAUCCAUUCCAUUACUAUGGAAAGUGAAGGGGAUGCAGCAGUAUGGCAAAAACAAUGUUGUGAUGGUGGAUGAGAUCAUCUGCUCCAGUCCCCCCAAGUACCGGUUCCCUGAAGCUGGAUUACGGAUUAUGAUUACAAAUAAGUUCGGACCACGUACCAGAAUGCGGAUGGCAAGCCGACUCAUCAUUAAUGAGCGUCAGCGGUUAAUCCAAUCUGCCAAUGGCUCAAGCAAACCACUUCAGAAUGGGAGACAUGGGAAUAUUGAAAAUGGGAACAUUCCUGUGGUGAACCAAGAGGAAGAAAAUGAACAGGACAAUCUAUCUCCCUUUUCAUUGCCAGAUGGAAGAAUGAACAAAAUUAAAUGGGUUUUGACAUGGCCGUUGAUAUUUGUGCUCUUUUGCACCAUUCCAAACUGCAGCAAACCACGCUGGGAACGGUGUUUUAUGGUGACAUUCAUCUUAUCCACUCUCUGGAUUGCCUUGUUCUCCUACUUUAUGGUGUGGAUGGUGACUGUGAUUGGAUACACCCUUGGGAUACCAGAUGUGAUCAUGGGCAUUACUUUCCUAGCUGCAGGAACAAGCGUCCCAGACUGCAUGGCCAGCUUAAUAGUAGCAAGACAAGGCCUUGGUGACAUGGCAGUAUCCAACACAAUAGGGAGCAAUGUCUUUGACAUUCUGGUGGGCCUUGGCGUUCCGUGGGGUUUGCAGACCAUGGCGAUUGAUUAUGGAUCAACCGUUAAGAUAAACAGCAAAGGACUGGUCUAUUCAGUUGCACUUUUGCUAGGAUCAGUGGCACUUACUGUGUUUGGAAUCCAUGUAAAUAAGUGGAAACUUGACAGGAAAUUAGGCAUCUACGUGUUGUUUCUUUAUGCUGUUUUCCUGUGUUUCUCUAUAUUGAUAGAGUUUAAUGUCUUCACCUUUGUCAACUUCCCUAUGUGCCGAGAAGAACUACUGCCUAAGCUGGGCGCAGAUGGUGGCUGCCAAAACACAAGAGCAGCUGAUGGUGCCUCUGGCUACUGCUGUCAGGCUUCCUCCGAGAGUGAGGUGAGAUACCACAGUGGUGCCCAUCACAGCUCCCGCACGAUCAAAGUGCUGACAGUGGCACAGCCGCAGGGUGAGCUGCAGGCUGCCUGGCCCCUGCACACCUCAGAUGGACACUGUGGCUCGGUGUGUGUGUAUUCCUGUCUGCUGGCGAGCCCGAUCAGAGAUACCAGCGAAGAGGAAAAAGAGACACAUCUCUGUCAGGCCACUGCCCUGCGAAACUGCCUCCCGCUUCCAGGGAUCAGCAUCCUUGAUAAACUCAUCAAGACCUGUCCUGUCUGGCUUCAGCUGAACAUGAACCAGGAAAGGGCUGGGGCGAUACUUGGCAAAGAAACGGCAGGGAUAUUUUUGGUUAGGAAAGAGGGUAAUGUGAACAACAUGGUCCUUGCAGUCCGCCUGCCAGUGCAGAACGAGGCUCCUGGUGUGCUGGAGUACAACAUUAAAGAAGAAAAAUCAAUCCUGUACCUGGAAGGAUCUGUCCUUGUAUUUGAGGAUGUCUUCAAACUGGUUGCCUUCUACUGUGUCAGUAGGGAUUUGCUGCCUUUCACUCUGAAGCUGCCACAAGCAAUAUUAGAAGCCAAUAGCUUUCAAGACCUUGAAAUUAUCUCUAGUCUGGGGAUAGAUUUCUGGGAUUCCUCCUUAAACCACAGAAGAGGAGAGGAGUUAUCCCACCCUGCAAAAGACUCUGCUUUCAGCACUGCCCAGGCAGACAGUUUAAGAUCUACCCAGUGUUUUGCAAGUAGCACAAACCACUGCUCAUGUGAAAUUGAGCUGUCAAUAGGAAAUGACAGGCUGUGGUUCGUGAAUCCUAUUUUUAUAGAAGAGUGCAGUAAUCCUUUUUCUCCAGAUCUAUCUCCUCCUAAAAGCCAUGCUGUGAGCGCUGAUCUCCCUCCUGCCACCACGCUCGCUGAAAGGAAGUCUCCCCACCGCCCCCCUCCACCUCCACCUUCUCAUGCUCUUGUUCAUAAAUCUUCUCUGAAGCUUCUGCAGGAUCCCAUGACUGCCUGUGAAGAAAACGAGCUGCUUCUUCAACCACUAGGAAAGAGCAUCAAGGAAAUGAAAAUUGAGGGCGGUGACAAUAAAGAAGAAGAAGAGAAGCAGAGCUGCUCCGUCAACGAGCCCUCGGCAGUGAGCCCCAAGAAGGGCUCCCAGCCCUCUGUCCCCCCACGGAGGCGGCUGUGUGAGAGGACCUCGGAGGAGAGCUGUGUGGGUAAGCCUGGAAGUUGUGAAACGCUGAAAGGGGAACGGACAGAAGAAAAACAAGAGACAAGUACGGAGAGCAGAGAUAAAAGGUUGCUGUGCAAAAAGGCUGUAGAAAUGCCUGGGGAGGUUCCCGAAAGGGCUGUAUCACAGUUUCAGGAGACAAAGCCCGAACCUGCAGAGAAGAAGGAGGACAUGCCUGAGAUUCAAAGUAAUGCCAUUGAGAAAGGAAAAUCACCUCCUAUCCCACCACCAAGAAGGAAGAGGCUUUCCCAGGUACCAAGGAUCCCCAGCUCCUGCCAGUUGAAGCAAAGAACAGUGGCAGAGACGGCCACAGCGCAGUCUUUGUGCAAGAACAGCUCAGCUACAGUGGCAGGUGGUGCCACUUGCACACACAGCAAGACUGAACUGGGACAUGGCCGCAAAUCCGUCAGCUCAGCUGAACUGAAAGGUUCGCACUCAUCCCUGGAGGGCCCAGGAGGCAGCACCAUUGCUCAGGCAUCAGCAUCUGAGCCAGACUCCUACUCCACCAGCAGCACAGAGGAUGACCUGGAGAUGCUGAGUAGUUCGUCCAGUAAAAAGACACACUCCGUGAUCUUGGGCAAAGCCAAGAACAGGCUGUCCUUUGUGAGCCUGUCCAAUGUCUUCACAGUCUUUUUGUCUAGUGACAGGAAGUUGCAGAAGAAGAUAGUGGAGCUGGCACAGGACAAGGAUUCGUACUUUGGCAACCUGGUGCAGGACUACAGAGUGUACAGUUUAGAGAUGAUGGCAAAGCAGAGCUCCAGCACUGAGAUGCUGCAAGAAAUCCGGAUGAUGAUGACACAGCUGAAGAGUUACUUAGUGCAGAGCACCGAGUUGAAAUCUCUGAUAGACCCAGCCUCCUACAGCGAGGAACAGUUAGAAGUGAUUGCUGAGACGGCUUUGUACAAAUGUGUCCUGAAACCUUUAAAAGAAGCCAUUGAUUCUUACUUAAAAGAAAUCCACAACAAAGAUGGAUCUUUACAGCAGCUAAAAGAGAACCAGCUUGUGAUACAAAACACAACUACCACUGACCUGGGUGUCACAACCAGUGUGCCUGAAACCGUUGUGCUGGAAAAGAUCCUUCACAAGUUCACAACCAUGCACAAGGCCUACUCCCCAGAAAAGAAGAUUGCCAUCUUGCUGAAGUCCUGCAAACUCAUCUAUGACUCCAUGGCUCAGGGAAACCCAGGGAAGCCGUACGGUGCAGAUGAUUUCCUCCCUGUGCUCAUGUAUGUGUUGGCCCGCAGCAACUUGACUGAAGUCCUUCUGAAUGUGGAGUAUAUGAUGGAGCUCAUGGACCCUGCUCUGCAGCUAGGGGAAGGCUCCUAUUAUUUAACCACUACCUAUGGGGCCCUGGAGCACAUCAAGAACUACGACAAAAUCACUGUCACACGGCAGCUGAGCAUGGAGGUGCAGGACUCCAUUCACCGCUGGGAGCGGCGGAGGACAUUGAACAAGGCCCGGGCUUCCCGCUCAUCAGUGCAGGAUUUCAUCUCUAUCUCCUUUCUGGAAAUCGGUGCUCAGUCAAGGACACUUGCUUCCCGUAACGACACCACGACUGAGCAGCUGAGCCAGCAGUGUGCUGAAAAAUUUGAAGUCUCCCAUCCCAAGGACUAUGGACUUUUUGUUCAUGUUGAUGACCAGUGGCUGCAGCUAGACAAAGAUGCUCUUCCUCACCAUAUCAAAGCCUCCCUGCUGAAGAGUGAAACCAAGAAAGAUUUCCAUUUUAUUUAUAAACCAAUAGACCAUAAAUCCCCACCAGUUCCAAUUGUCAAAGGGUCAGACUUUCCCUAAGGGCCGUGAUGCUCUUUUAUUGUGUUUGCUGUCAUCCUGGAAGGGCUGGAUAGUUUAUCCCAUGAGCUACUCUGGUAUCUGCAGGCCUCAGAAGGUCUCUGGAGCGUGGUCUUUGACACAGGGCAGAUGUGCUAAUUGUAGAUGCUGUCUGAAUACAGGGCAUUUCUCAGCAGAGUUCAUUUGCAGAAAUAAAAGAAGCAUUCAGGAGAAUAUUCAUCCUCUGGAAAACUUGAAGUAUCAAACAUUAGAACCUCCCACUGGCAACCAGCCGAUGUCCGAGAAUGUAAAUGAACAGUGGAGAAAAUCCAGAGAUCUUGCAGAAAAGUGGACAUUUACUCCAUAAUAAAUUAUGGCAGGUGUGAAUCACCUCUGUGCACAAGGCCUGUGAAAGGUCUACACACACCUCAAUCUGUUUGGAGGUAAGACUGCGUUUACACCUUACAGUAUCUGUUCACCUUGUUUGAAUAAAAUGAGUCUUGUCUGAUGUGUUCAGUGGAAUAGGGUUGCCACCUGUAGCAGAACUCCAUCUCUGUCUUGCUGUCUACAACAUGUCAUUGCCUUUGAAAUCCACGUAACUACAGACCAUGCAAGAUAAUCCUGUAUGUUCACUAAGAAUACAUUUUCUGCCACCUAUUUGUCACUGAAAUCAGGUAGCAUAGGCAUUUUCAUCAAUGUAUUUUUCUUAAAGAUUGAAAGUCUUCACCAUCAGUUUUACAUGUACAGCAGUUUUAAUCACAUUGGUUGUAUGAUAGUGUCUGGUUAAUUGUAUAUUUAUUUCCAUGUGUCAUAUGGUGCAAUUAUUUUAAAAUAAGUGUUUGUAAAGAACUUAAUAAUUUGCCCAGUGUAGCAAACUAGAUUAAAAUUUGAAAGUCAAAAAGAGCUAGAAUUAAGUACCUGUCCCUUUUUACCCAGAUGUCAUUUUCUCUACUAUUUUCAUAUCUACAAGUCCCACCAGGUUAUUACUUUAAUAAAUUCAGGCUGCUGAAG